AUGGACAUCUUCAGUACGGCUGCUAUCGCAUGCGAAGUCAUCUACAAGACCCUCGAGUCUGCGGUCGCAUUCCCCGCCGAGUCGCGCUCACUCGCUGCUCGGUUCAAGUACGACGCCCGAAUAUUGCGCCACUUUUGCGACUACUAUGAUUCCAGCUCAAAUGGCCAGGCCGACCUCAGCGCCGAGGACAAGGCCCUCCUGGAGGAGAGCACGUCGUACCUCGCGACACUCCUCAGCUGCGUGGAAAUAUGCAAAACCAAGCUGACGGCCCAGAGCCGGUGGUCCAAGGAGAUGAGCCGGCUCACGUGGAUCCUCCGCCGCAGCGAGAUCAAGGAGACUGAGGCCGAACUGUAUGAGUGGACCAGACGGCUCGAUCUAAGGCUAGUAGCCCUCCCUGAACGCGCGCGCACUGUCAUGAGACUAGGCGCCGGAGACGACGACGAGACCAAGAGCUUCACGCCAAGGUUUGCGGCCAGGGUGAGGCUGGAGCGCUUCGCCACUGCUGCCGCCGCCGCAAAGAGGGCUGUCUGGGAGCGGCUUGUAGCAGAAGAGGAUGCGUUGGAACGGCCCCCGGAGUCGGGAGGCUCGCAGCGCUUCUGCCUUGGUACUUUUGAGGGUAAUACUGUGCUCGUGGAAACCCGUCAUGCACCGCUACACGUCGCGUCCGACGAGCUAGCGUUGGAUGCGGCCUGGGCUGGUGCUGGAGAGUUCGCUGCUGCGCUCAACUAUCUCGACUCGACCAUUUCCGGCCUCUUGAAGUGCAGUGGCUUUUUCUAUUCUCCGACACCGACGCCGUCCUUUGGCCACAUGUAUAUCCUGCCGGGCGAGAAACAGGGGAAUCGCUCUGUGAUGAGCUUCAAGGAUCUUCUCUAUGAAAGAGACGCGAGGGGCAAACGCAAGAGACUCUUGUUCUCCCUGAACCAGCGGCUAGAGUUUGCAAAGAGGCUGGCUACCGCCGUCUUGUUUGUCCAUGCGAUCGGCUGGGUCCACAAGUCCAUCGUGUCGCAGAACAUCCUCAUCCUGGGGCGUGAUGGACGUGAUUCACGAAUGCCAGGUGAAGAAAGGAAGUCACAGUCGACCAAGUGGUCUCUGAGCUCGCCGUAUCUGGUCGGAUUCGAGAUCGCCCGGAGCAACGAGGCCGAGACGAUACCGGGGGCACCGGUGCGUCUGCCCCUGGCAAUAUCCGUCUACAAGCAUCCGGCGUUGCAAGACGACACCCACGUCCGGUUUAACAUGGCGCAUGAUGUCUACAGCCUGGGUGUUGUUCUCCUCGAGCUGGGAAUCUGGAGCCCGCUGGAGGAGCGGCCGGAGCUGCAGGGCAUCAGCGAGCCGCGGGAUAUCGCCAAAGCCUUAUUCCGCGUUGCCAACGAGGUGGAGAUUCUUAUGGGCAAAAGAUACCGAGAGAUUGUGCAGACGUGCCUUUCACAGGAGGCUGAAGCCAGGACGGGUAGUAUUAAGCCCAUCAGCGAGGUGCUGGAGAAGCUGGAAGAUCUGGCCCAGGGAGUGUGA